AUGUCUCCGUCUUCAACCACUACUUGCACUUCCCUUCUUGAAGAGUUGCAGAUGAUAUGGGAUGAGAUUGGUGAAAGUUACAAUGAAAGAGAUAAGAUGCUGCUAGAACUUGAGCAGGAAUGUCUGGAUAUAUACAAUAAGAAGGUUGAGAAAACUCGUAAGUUCAGAGCUGAGUUACAGCGAUCAUUAGCUCAAGCUGAAGCUGAGAUUGCCAGCCUCAUGUCUGCGCUUGGUGAAAAAGUUUCGUUUGCCAAGAAAGAAGGCUCUUUGAAGGAGCAGAUUUCCAGUGUAAAGCCUGUACUGGAAGAUCUACUGAUGAAAAAGGAUCGAAGAAGGAAAGAGCUCUCUGAGACACUGAAUCAAAUAGCAGAGAUCACGUCUAACAUAGCAGGGAAUGAUUAUACUGUUAGUUCUGGUUCAGAAGUUGAUGAAAGUGACUUGACACAAAGAAAGUUGGAUGAACUUAGAGCAGAUCUGCAGGAUCUUCGAAAUGAAAAGGCUGUUCGACUGCAGAAAGUAAACUCUUAUAUCAGUGCUGUCCAUGAGCUGUCAGAGAUUCUGUCUUUUGAUUUCUCCAAGGCCCUGAAUAGUGUCCAUAGCAGCUUGACUGAGUUUUCAAAGACUCAUUCGAAAAGCAUUAGUAAUGAUACUCUUGCUAGGUUCACAGAACUUGUAAAGUCUCUGAAGGCGGAGAAACAUGAGAGGCUGCUUAAGCUACAAGGUUUGGGAAGAAGCAUGCAAGAGCUGUGGAACCUAAUGGAAACACCUAUGGAUGAGAGGAGAAGAUUUGACCAUUGCAGCAGCUUACUUUCUAGUCUACCUGAUGAUGCCUUGAAAAAAGGAUGCCUCAGCCUAGACAUUAUCCGAGAGGCCGAAGAUGAAGUGAGAAGACUGAAUUCCCUGAAGUCCAGCAAAAUGAAGGAAUUGGUGUUUAAGAGGCAGUGUGAACUAGAAGAGAUCUGCAGAGGGAAUCAUAUGGAUAUCAAUAGUGAUGCUGCAAGAAAGAGUCUUGUCGAACUCAUUGAAUCUGGUGAUGGUGAUCUGUCUGAUAUUCUUGCAAGCAUAGAUGGUCAGAUCGAGAAGGCAAGAGAAGAAGCUUUAAGCAGAAAGGAAAUAUUGGACAAAGUUGAUAAGUGGAGACACGCAAAGGAGGAAGAAACAUGGCUUGAUGAUUAUGAAAAGGAUGAAAAUCGCUUCAGUGCUGUGAGAGGAGCACACAAAAAUCUAAAACGGGCAGAAAAAGCUAGGAGCCUUAUCAGCAAAAUUCCUGCAAUGGUGGAUGUUCUGACCACGAAAGUGAAGGCCUGGGAGAAAGAAAGAGGGGUCCCCUUCUUAUGCGAUAAGCAACCGUUAUUACAAACACUAGAAGAUGACAUUGUUAUCCGUGCUCAAAGAGAAGAGGAAAAGCGUCAAUUCCGAGAGCAGAAACGACUACAAGGUCAGCUUGCUACAGAGAAAGAAGCAAAGUAUGGUUCCAAGUCUGCAAAGAAGAAGCCAUUGGGACAGAGUCUUAACACAGACAAUGUGACUAAAACUCCCAUUGGUCGGCGCAUUGGAAAUACACCUGGACGUUCUGUUACUUCUGGUGGCAAAGAUUAUAGAGGCAAUGCGGUGAUACCAUUGAACUAUGUUGCUCUUCAGAAAGACGAUUGA